GUGUCACGUCCUCCUCUACCUUGCUGCAGACUCUAUCAAAGAGAUUCCCGACAGUUAGGCGGUGCGAAACAAUCCACUUGUUGCUUGUUUUGCCAGGGUCACGUGUCCGAAACUUGGUGUUCUCCGAAUACGCAAAUAUGCCGUAAACCUCUCAAUCAUUCUACCACGCAGAUCUACAGUGCAAAUGGUCACCUCUCUUGACGCAUGGAUUGGUAUCAGGAAAAUUUUGUAAUUUAUUUCCCUUUUUCUACGGUAAGCAACCCACCAAAAGAAUGUGUUUUAUCACAAGAACUCAAUUUUUCCCAUGGUGUUUCACUUUUUUUCGGCCUCGGAAAAAUAAAAGUUGACAUUUUGGGCCCCAGAAUGCCUGGAAAUGUCUGGCAAUUGAA